CCCAGAAGAGACUGCUCCUAGGAAAGCAGACACCAACAUGGGCGUUCAUAAGUGUAAAUCCCAGGGAUGCAUCUGCUGCGACUAUAUCUGGAAGGGCUCUGAUAAAUUUCAGAGCGUAGCUACAGGAAAACAAUAUAAAAUCACACAAUCCCUGACUUGUAAGACACCAAAUGUCAUCUAUAUCAUUCAGUGUAAAGAAUGCAAGGUGCAAUAUGUUGGGAAGACCUCAACCACACUGCAAAGAAGAUUCAAAGACCACAGAAGUUCCAUCAGACAUCGUAAACAUCGGCCAAUCUCUGAUCAUUUCAACAACAAUGGCCAUUGUCUUGAUGAUUUGAUUAUCUAUCCAAUUGAACGCGUCAGUGGUUCCAAAGCAUUAACUGACAGGGAACGGCACUGGAUCAGAGAGCUUGACACAGUUGAAAAUGGACUAAAUCUGGAGCCUUAUGAAUGUGCUCCUCAGAAAGGUAAAAGAAAGCUCCAUGGGAAUGAAGAUGUGAAAUCAAAGAAGAGGAAGAUGAAAAAUAACAGACAGUCUGUGUUUUCAUAUGAGACAGAAGAACUUCUCUCAACCCGUGAAGAUGCAUUCCAGGUUGGAAAAGAUGCCAUAUCUCAGGUUUACGACAAACUCAAAGGGGUUUCCUGCAGAGAAAACUCAUUUCUGGAAGAUUUAAAAGAGAAGAUCUCAAGUCUAAAAGAUUAUAACCACAAAGAGAAAAUUUACAUUGGAUUCUUUGGGAAGACGGGAGCAGGAAAGAGCUCAUUGAUCAACGCAAUUGUCGAAGAAAGCCAACUUCUACCUUCAGGAAGCAUGCGUGCCUGCACUUCCGUUUUUGUGCUUGUACAAGCUAAUACUGAAUCCAGCAAAUACAAAGCUGAUAUUGAAUUCAUCAGUGCAGAGGACUGGAAAUCAGAACUACAUUUCCUGCAAGACUCACUCAAAAAAAAAAACAUGCCAGCAAAAGAUUGUGAAAUUGCAAACAUGGCAAGAGAAAAGAUUACAGCCAUUUAUGGAGAAGAGGGACUGAAGAAAGAUUGCACUGAAUUGGUGGGAGCCAGCGAGGUUCUUGAGAUUCUAAGCACAGGCAGGAAGACUCUGACUUUUGACACUGCCAAAGAACUGUCUAAAAGCAUUGGAUGCUACAUUCGGAGUGACAAAAAAUCAGUCAAAAAAUCAGUCAGAGAAUCAGACAAAAAAUCAGACAAAAAAUCAGAUACAAAUGAAGGGAAGCAGUUCUGGCCACUGGUGAAGCAAGUCAUCAUCUCCUUGCCGAAGUCUCCAGCUCUGCUGGAGGGGAUUGUGCUGGUGGACCUGCCUGGAGCUGGAGACGUUAGUAAAUACAGAAGUGACAUGUGGAAAGAGUGUCUCAGCCAGUGCUCCUCUGUCUGGAUUGUCAGUGAGAUGAAACGUGCCCUGUCUGAGAAAGUAGCCGAUGAGAUCUUUGAUACAUCAUUGAGAACCAUUGCUGGAGGGGGAGAGUGUCACAAUAUCACCUUCAUCUGCACCCAUACAGAUGUCAUCGACCCAGAGAACUUCAGAGAAAAUCAUGAUAUCACAGAUGAGGACCUUAACAUUAACAAGGAUACCCUGGAAUAUAAGAAGAAAGAAAAACAAGCGUGUAUACUGUACCGUAAUGACCAAUUUAAAGAAGAAAUCAGAGAACUCUUCAAAGAUAAAACAAAGAAAUUUCUGCUUGGUGAUGAAGACCAUUCAAAUGAGGUCUUUGAUGUGUACACUGUGAGUUCUGAAGAAUUCAAGAAAAUUGCACAAGGGAACUCACCUGUUCUGGAUCGCAAUGAAACUGAAUUGCCAGCGCUGAUGGAGCACAUUAAGAAACUGUACGUCUCCCAUUUUGAGAAGAAAGUGAAAGAUUAUGUAUCUGAGGUUUCUGGAGUCAUUUCAUAUCUUCACUUUUCAAAGGAUGCUCUCAGUUCAAAGAACCAGUCUUCAAAUUCCCAGGAGUUCAGCCGACUUGAAAAGGAUCUGGAUAAUAUGUGCAGAAGAUUGAAUUCAACUCUGAGCAAAGUUCACACAACGCUCCAGGAAAAACUGGAAAUGGGAGCAAAGAGAGCAGAGAUAACAUGCGUGGAAAAGGCCACAGCCAGUGUGCUGGAACCAGAAUGGUGUGAUAACAGAGGCCACCACAUGACACUCAAAGCCUUGUGUAGAAAUGAUGGAUAUUACCAAUCUCGAGUGUUAGUUGAUCUGAACUACACUCUGUCAGAACCCAUGUACAAAAAGAUGAAUGAAAACAACCUAUUUCUGACAACAUUUGGCCCUGGACCUACAAGAGCCUCAAUCAAAGGGACAUUUGAAAGUUUCGAGAAGAACUUCAUCACAAAUGACCUUCUGACGGAACAAAAGAAAAAAAAAAAAGAAGAGAAAUACCUGCGUCUGGUGUACAUUAGAACAGAGCAAAGAAAAGUGCACAGGAAUCUGGAGAAGGAAAUCCUACAGAGAAAGAAGCUGAUCUACAAUUCCCUCAGUGAUUCAAUCCGUGACACCAUGAAGCAAACAUAUCAAGAAUGCUCUGACAUCAAAGGAAAAAAAUGUUUAAGAAAGAUUCAAGGGAAACUUAAAAGUGCAAUUGAGGAUUUCAAAAAGACCAUGUUCCACAAUUCCAAGACGAAGAUGCUGAAAGAGUUCAGUGAUCUGCAGAAAUUCCUUGUGGAUCAAAUUAAGACACAGAUGACAAACGCCUUGACGCUGGGUUUAAACCAGAUCCCUGAGGACCUGACUGGCUUCCCAGACGUUUCAGAAGAGACUGAGAUGAUGGAGCGAUGCUGUGAGUCUUUGGACCUCCAGGUGUUUUAAGAACCGAAAGAGGAUGAUGGAUCCAGAAGCACCAGAAUUAUCGAACUGAUUUGAGAUCACCGUGGCAACCUGUCUGUGGGUGCUGUCAAAUAUGCAUUCUAUUGAUAACCAUUUUUCUUAUUAUUUCACUGACUAUGUAAUUCUUAAUACUUACUGCUUAACUGCACAACAAGGCCACAGAUUAACAUCUAUGAGUUUUGGUGGAAAGGUGGUCUCAAAUACACUUGCAGCAUCAAUGUUGGCUUUGAAUAACUAGUCAACUUAUCAGUUCAGUAAAGGGAUAAUGUAUGUUAAACUGUGUGAUACUAUACUUCUGCUGUCACUCUUUUUAGAAUCUUUAAACAGAAAACUAUUGUUUCAUACUUUUUUUGUUAUUGGCUUGAUGAAAAAAUUGAAAAAUUUAUAAUUUGUUUAGUUUGGUGGAUUACAAUAUAGGCUAAUCAUCAUAUGUCAGGGUGUGAUGACUUGUGUGGGAUUUAUAGUGGGAACUCAGGGUGAUAGGAAUACAGCACUCAUAUCAUGUUUGUUCACUUCUUCAAUUCAGUUAUUUUAUGCAACAUAUAAUCAUAUCAAUUAUCAUCCUUAAAGUAGAAUGU